AUGAAGUUCAGCCUUUUCUCCCUCGCUGCUCUGGCCGCCUCGGCCAUGGCUGCUCCUGCUGCUCAGGUUGCUGCUCGUCAGGUCCCAGCUGUCCCAGCUUCUCCUAACGGUGCUGUCACCCAGGUUGAGAGCAUUGCUACAUCUCAAACCGUCACCAAGACAGUUACCAAGAAGAUCACUGCCGUCAACGUUUCCAACACUGGCGGUGUUGUCAAGGUUCUCACCAUUGCUGUUGAGCAGGUCAAGAGCCAGACCACCACCAUCAAGGAGGUCAUCACCAAGGUCAAGUCCAACGCCAUCUCCAAGGCUGUCGCCGUCAAGGUCGUCACUGCCGAAGUCCACUCCCUCAACGAGCUCCUCACCGCCGUUGUCAACCAGCUCAAGGAUGUCGUCAGCAUCAAGAUCAACAUCCCUGACGUUCAGACUAUUCUCGGUCUCGUCAUCCAGCUUCUCAACGAGCUUGUCGGUGUCGCCAAGGAGGUCCUGAGCAUCCUUGGACUCGACAACGUUAUUGGCACCGCUUUUGAGCUCCUCUUCAAGACCGUUGCCACCCUCCUCGGCCUCGUUACCCAGCUCAUCGGCGACAUCGUUCCCGGCCUCGUCGACAUCCUCUCCAACAUCCUCGACACCCUUUCGGGCACUGCCCUCGGACCUAUCGUCCAGCCCGUCUCCAACAUCUUCGAUGGCCUCACUGGCUACCUCACCCAGGGCACUGCUUAA